AAGCCACUAAGUCUCAGAUGCACAACUUUCAAGAGGUGUCUCUUAAAGGUCUUGCCACCAAAGCUUUUUGUUAUGUGGUAUUUGUGUUGCACACUUUUUGUCUUUACAAGAAACUCAGAUUAUUAACAGAAUAAGACAGCAGAGCAAGUGAGUUUGAGGAAGUCAGUUUUCACUCUUCUCAGUUUCACUGUAUCUGAUGUCUCAAUAAUUCAGAAAGCUUCUGAACAUGAACAUCUUUCGAGGGUCCUGCUGCUCUAUUUUUGGAGUUAUUUUGUUUUUCCUUCUUCGAGGGUCAUGUGGUGAUUCAAAGGCUGUGAACAUUGAACAUAAAGCUGUUGGGAGCUCCCUGCAUCUAAUGCUUGAUCAUCCAAAAGAAAAUUAUACUCUGGUACAAUGGAAAUUAAAUGAGACAGUCUUUGCGGAGUAUUAUGAAAGUAAUCUUAAAAUCUUGACCCCUAAAUUAUUUGCCAGAAGGUUAAGGAUGAAUCUGAGUGAUCUUAGUUUAACAGUAGAAGAACUUAAAUUCCAGGAUUCUGGAAUCUUCUCCAUUGUUGCAGAAGGACACCAUACACAAUAUGAAACAAAAUGUAUUGUGCUACAUGUGCAUGAUCUCAUCAGAGAUGUACAGAUUAAGUCCAAUUCUACCUGGCAGCAGUCAAAAAACAUGUGCACAUUUCAUCUUCAGUGUCUGGUCCUUGGUGAUAGGAAUCCAUCCUACAGCUGGAGUGGACUUUAUGUCGGCAGUGAACAAUACCUACAAUUCAGUCUCAAUCCAGAAGUGAGCAACACGUUCAACUGCACAGCCAAUAACAGUGUCAGCAUCAAGACUGCAACCAUGAAUGUGAAGUGCAGCGAGGAGUCUAUAUCAAACAUUACAGGUUUACCUCAGUACUUGCUAAUUGCAGUAGGAACUGGAAUUAUGGGAACUGUUAUCCUUAGUGGAAUCACAGCAGCAUACUGCAGGUGGAGACAUAAAGGAAUAGGGGACAGCGAGGAAGGAAUAACAGUGUACGAAGACGUGAAACCUGGUGGCACUGCUGAGAAAGUGAAACGAUCAGAAAGCAUUGUGAAUGGGAUGUCCAUUUAUGAAACCGUGGAUGACACAAAAGUCAUAUCAAACAUGCACUGAGAAUGGUGUACAAGCCCCUAAAGGCCCCAGCAUUCUCAUGGAGAAGUUCUUCAUUCUUUGCUCAGAGCCAAAAAGAAGUUGAAACAACAGCUGAGCAGCGGUAUACUGUUUGCGAACAUUCAGACACCGGCCACGAAGCUGUGGGAGGCAUUUAGAGGAGAAUUUAAAUAUGAGGACACACAAGACUAUAUGUUAAACCUUAACUAAUGUGACAUUAAAAUAUGUUAUUACUAAUUCUAUGAGUAGAAUUCACACUAUCAGUAAAAGAUGCUAUUUUAACCACUCAAUGAUUUAAAGUGAUAUAUGCAGUAGAUACACGUUAUACGCAGCCAUAUAUGCACAAUUUACAUUCUGCUAUUGUAAUUUACGAUGACACUGAUACUACUGCAAAGGUGGGUGUAUAAAUGGGAGUGUUAAUGGGCAGAAUACAGACAAAAGAAUGAUGAGGCAUAUCUCACUUUGGGCGGAUUUGUGAAUGGCUUUCGGCUGCAGACGGCACAUGAUUGAAGCAGCAUCAAACAACGGAGUGAAUGGGCACUUAGAGUAUUGAAUAGAUUUAAUUCCUUUCUUUGGAAAAUGUCUCUACGCGAAUGAUAGUACCCCUGCUGUAGCUCCGCUGAAAAGACCAGCUAAACCAGCAUGCAAUUCCCAUGCUGGUCCAGGAUGGUUGGGUGCUGAUUAGUGCUGGUCUAGCUGGUGGACCAGCAAAGCCAUGCUUUUCACCAGCAAAACCUAGCUGAUUAAGCUGGUCAACCAGCAUCGUCUUUCAGAUGAAGCUGGUUAAGCUAGUUUAAAAGCCUGGUGGGGACACCAGUGCAAUAUUCCCUGCAGUUUGCACCAGCUCGAUUAUAACUCUGUACACUGGUGUUUUCAUAUUGACUGAGCUCUAGGUCACACCUACGAUGAUAUGGACCAAUAGCAGUAAGGUGUUUACAUAUAAAUGUAUGCAUUUGGCAAACACUUUUCUACAAAGUGACUUCAAGGUAUACAUUUUAUUAGUUUGUGUGUUCCCUGGGAAUCGCACCCAUGAUCUUAGCAUCAGUAGUGCAUGCUCUACCAGUUGAAGUACAGGAACAGGUGUUUAGCAGCCAUUCCAAAGUUUCCUAAAAGUUUGUUCUGGUGAGCUGUUAUGAACCACCGAAACUAACUCAAAAACACCUUUGUUUUUGGCCAGAUUUUGCUGGGGCCUUAAGCCUAACCCUAAAACUUGCUUAGUUGAUGUUGUUCCAGGACAAACAAGGAUACUGAUCCAGGAAUAUGUCUUACCUGGCAAAAUCACAGUUAUUUUAGUUAGUAGAGCAGAUCUGUGUGAAUGGUGACAGCAAAAGCCCACGUCACAUGCUUGGAGAAGUUGCAAUGACAGUAAUGUUAAAAAAAAAACAUUCUGGUAAUCUGAUAGUACCUCCCUACUCCCUCUACAGCCUCAAACACUUUAUGACAAAAUCAACUAUGAGCGUCACCCUGCUGUUGGCCCAAGCACUUCCUCUCCCUACUAGGAUGUCCUGUGAGUUAGACACAGACAGACUGUUCAUGCUUCGUUUCGAGCUCACACCUCUGGAUCUGUUUAACCGUCUUUACAUAUUUUCCAUAUGUAUUCCAUAUGGGCUGAAUGUGGUGGCCUUUGAACUCUGUGAUUGAACCCUUGCAUUAAAUGUAUGUUGUAUUAAAUGUAUCAUGUUCAAACACUGUAUGGUGUAUAACUUUCUUUGCAACAAGUGGAAAUUGCAGUGCACAGUCCGAUAAAAGAUUCAACAGCCCAAGAACAGUUAAUCAAUGUACUAAUCUCAGUAUUAUUGUGUGAAUACAUAUUUUGAGUACUGUAUUUUCUUUUGAAAAAAUACUUGAAAAGAGAAGCCAUUCACUCACACCCUGCAAUUGACGUUUGUAUGACUAGUGAAUCAGCACUAAUGGGUGAAGAGAAAAAAUGCCUUGAACUGAGUCUGUAUCCAUCUCAUUCAUUUAUGGUAUUUAAACACUGAACAUGUUUAACGUUGAAUGUAGGAGAAAUAAAUGAUUAUUUAUGACAUAUUGUAACUCAUCCAAGCAGCUACUCAGGUGACAGCAAAACAGUCAAAAGCAUAAAGAAUACCCCUUUCACUGGGGUUGGUAUUAUAAGCAGAGACUAUUUAGCCUGAGACGAAGCACUUGUAUUCAAAUUAAUGGGAGAAAUUGGAACAUUUAAUGUAGAACAGGAAGUCCUGCCUUACAGGAAAAAGAGCCAAUCACCUUUUAGAUACAGACAUCGCCUGUCAGUCAACUCGAGAGUGUGCAUGCACAUUAGCUUGACUAGCCUGAUAAAUGCCUUUUAUUAGCUUGAUCUGAGCUAAAGAAGCACAGUUUAUGAUACCAUUGUUGUCAGAUUUUAUUGCUGAUUUGAAAAUGUAUACAGGAGCUGUACUUUUUUUACUUGUGUAUCCAUUGAAAAUAGCUGUCCGGGAGCAUUCCCAAGAUGGCCUCUGAGUAGACUGAUUUGCCUUGCAACUGACUUUUUUACAAGCCAGUUAACUUAUGGCUAAAUUUCCCUUUCUACGAAUAUCUAGAGUAACCAUUUCUAGCUGAACUGGUUUCCUGUGAUGCAGAGCAAAGAUUUUAUAAUAGAGCUCCAUUAGAAUCUUGCUGCUUUUACGUCAUUGUCAAAUGUUUACUGAUUGGUCACUAAAUUUGCCCAAAAAACAUUGUUUCUAUUACCAUCCCCUCAUCUGUUUCUGAGUUGAUUAGUAUAUCUACACACAAUAUGGCUAAAAAUAUUUGGAAACCUGAACACCACACUCAUAUGUGCUUGAACAUUUAAUUUCAAAUUCAAUGGCAAUAAUCACUCCGUUUGCUGCUAUAACAGCUAUCACUCUUAUGGGAAAGCCCUCCGCUAGAUAUUGGAAUAUGGCUGAGGGAAUUUGCUCAUUGCCCAUUCAGUCACAAGAGCAGUAGUGAUGUCAGUCACUGAUGUUGGGCAGUGGGACAGUUCUAGUUCAUACCAAAGGUGUUCAUCAGGGUUGCUCAGGUCUGGGUCUUGAGUAGGCUAGUUAAGUUCUUCUACACCAGACUCAGUAAAGCAUCUUUAUGGACCUCGCUUUAUGGAAUACAAACUAAGAUUUUUUAGAGGAAUAUCUCAGCUCUGUAGGUCCUUACAAUGCAAAGUCAAAACUUUGAAGCAGUAAGACUCCAAGCCAGGGAAAUUGUGUUUUUUUUGUGUGUGUGUGUGUAAUCUGAGGUAAAGAAGCACAAUUUAUGAUACCAGUGUUGUCAGAUUUUACUGCUGAUUUGAAAUCUGUUCUUUGAUUAUAAUCUUGACCAACUGUUUUGGAGAUAUCUUUCUUUCCCCAUUCAAGCAGGUAGGAGCUGCACUGUUGUGACUGGAAUAGCUUCCCGAGAGCAUUCCAAACAUGGCCGACAGUGGACUGACUUGCUAGAAAGACUUGCUCAGUGUACUGCUGCUUUCAAAGGACACAUCCUACCUAGCACCAGCCUUCGAAACAAGACAGCCUGUAAGUCCUUUUUUACUAUAAAUUCUCCUCCCUGCUAAGAGCGCUUAGGAGGUCUGUUUGAAGGUGGAGAUUUAUAAUAAAAAAGGACUUAAAUAUUGAUCUGUUUCUCACUGAAACCAAUCAUAUCGCUUCUGAAAACAUGGAUUUAUCCACUGGAGUUAUAUAGGAUUAUUUUUAUACUACCUUUAUAUGGUUUUUGAGCUUUAAAGUUUUGGACCCUGUAGACUUACAUUUUAUGGACCUACAGAGCUGAGAUAUUCUUCUAAAAAUCUUUGUUUGUGUUCAGCAGAAGAAAGAAAGUCAUACACAUCUGUAAUGGCAUGAGGGUGAGUAAAUAAUGGGAGAAUUUACCUUUUUGGAUGAACUAUUCCUUUAAGAUUUGUUCUCAUAGAAACUACUGGAACAGCCAAACCCGUAAAUUAGAAGGGGUGUACACAUAUUUUUAUAGUGUAAUUCAUCAGCCUGCCAGCUUGACCUUGAACCUUAAACACAUUGCAUGUUAUCACUACCUCCAUUUCCCGUCUUGCCUAUACUUUUCUUGCCUCUGGCAUUGUCCCAUUAGCCCUAAACUGCUGCUGGUAUUCCAAAUACUCAAGAAACCUUUAUCAGAGCU